GGAGCUUUUGGUUUUGGUUUGACCAGUGCCUUUGUAAUAAAUCCUCCUUUCCAGUUUCCUCCAAUACUCUCACCAGAUUCUAACAAUAUUCUCUCUCUCUCUCUCAUACAUCAUUUUUCCUACUCUCUCUCAAAAUCUCUCUAUCUUCUUAUAGAUUUGCAUUUGUUUCGACUUGUUUUGAAAUCAAACCUCCCAAAUCAGCUCGGGUUUCAAAUUGCUCAUUUUGAUUUUGUUAGCUAACCGAUCCACGCGAGACGGGUACGGAUCGAGAUUUGUUGAGAAGAGCUCUAGAUCAGAAGAAGCAGCCAUUGAUAUCAGGACUGUAUAGAAUCACCUUGUUAAGCUUCAAGAUUCAAACAUAAAAUGGGUUGCUUCCCUGUUUUGAAGAAUAAGAAGAAAAAAUAUGAGCAGACCACUAAUAUCAAACAUGUCAACGCUCAAGAACAUUCCCCAACUACAUUACCUGAACCACACAUCCAAACCCGCACACUGAAGUCUGCACCCCCAAGUUUUAGGACCAGAGCGAAACCUACUCAGCCAAUACACAAAAUUACAAACAGUAGAACAAGGACUUUGUCUGCCCCGUCAAGCCUCAGUGCAGCAGAACAAGAUGCUCUUUCAGCAAUUGAAUGUGAGGAACAACAGCAAGAGUCCAAGAGUACUAUUGGGUUAGGGAAGGAGCACAGGUCCCCAAGUCCUCAACCUCUUCCUCUUCCAUCACCUCAGACUCAAAGUUCUUCUGUCCUGAAGACUAUGGGGAGCUUUAAAUCAGUGACUUCCAGUGGCCCUCUAAAUGGUUCUGGACCGCUGCCCCUGCCUCCUUCCGGAACACUCCGGUACUUUUCUUACGAGGAACUUUCAGCUGCCUGUCACAAUUUCUCUCCUGAACGAUGUAUGUCAGAAGGUCUUUCUUCCAUGAUAUAUAGAGCUUCUCUUGGGGAUGAUAAUUCUUCAUCCAAAAAACUUGAAGCCACCGUUACUCGCAUUCAGGCCUACACCCAGGGUUUGAGGGAAUUUUUGAACGAGGUGAACACUCUUGCAUCUUUGCAACAUCCUAACCUCUGCAAGUUGAUUGGUUUCCAUGCACGUGAUGACUCAGAACAAAGGAUGUUGGUUUAUGAGAGGCUUUACCAUGGCAGCUUAGACCGACUAUUGUAUGGGAGAUCAGACGGCCCCACCGUCGAUUGGAAUGCCAGAAUGAAAGUUGCUUUUUGUGCUGCACAGGGUCUCACUUUCUUGCAUGAGGAAGGGCCUUUCCAGGCAAUGUUCAACGAAUUCUCAACUGCCAAUAUACAGAUUGACAAAGAUUUUAGUGCAAAACUUUCAGGAUACGGUUGCGUUAAUCACAUUCCAGAGACCGAGAUCCGCAACAGUUCAGUUGCAUUGGCAAAUGUAUCAGUGGAGACACUUGAGAGGGGAGUGCUUACCCCCAAGAGCAAUGUUUGGUGUUUUGGAAUUGUGCUUCUUGAACUGCUGACAGGCAGGAAGAAUCUGGAUAGUCGUCAUCCUAAGGAAGAGAUGAACUUGGUCAAGUGGAGCCGUCCUUUCUUGGCCGAUGAUUGCAGAUUGUCAUUGAUCAUGGACCCUCAAUUAAAAGGCCGAUUCCCUGCCAAAGCAGCUCGAACAGUGGCCGAUGUAGCCCAAAGGUGUCUUCACAAGGAUCCAUCUGAAAGGCCGACAAUGAGAACCGUUUUGGAGCAUUUGAAAACAAUACAAGACUUGAAAUAUUCAUGUAGAUUUCCAUUGCAAGAACCUGGAGCAAUCGCUGGAAAGAACAUGUCAAGAUCUGCAAGCCUAAAUGUGAUCAUUAUGCCUACCCCUAAGUCAAGUUUCUCUCAAUCUCCACCAACAACUGUACCAUCUAUUGCUCCAACAAGGCCAAUUGCAUUGCCAAUGUCUCUUCAUCCGCGAACUUGUUCCUCUGUUAUCACUUUUGAGGGAAUUGAUCGCCAGGAAAGCCGGAAAUCAUCAUCAUCAAUGCUUCGAAGGGCAGAUGUCGAAGGAUUUUGAGUAGUGAUAGAUAGCACUCAUUUUUCGGGUCUUUUCUAGGGUUUUUUGGUUGGUUUUACAUGGUACAUAGAUGAUGAAAAGCUUGGUUCCACCUUCGCAUUCCUCUGGAGGAUAAUCUGGGGAUAGUUUUUUUUUUUUGUAGAUAUAAAAUGAUACGUGUCACGGGUGGGUUUUCCGUCACUGUCUUGUAUCUCCGUUUCCUUAGAUACACAUGAUUGGUUCCUUUUGUGGAUACUGUUUAUGAACCACAUCUCCGGUGAUAAAAGACAGACUGGUGACAUAUGAUGUAGGCAUAGCUCUAUGUAGAUAAAGUAUGUCCUCCAUGAGUUCAUUGUUCAUUUUGGUUCUGUUUCUUUGUGUAUCUAAUACAAUGUGAUUUAACAUGGCGCGGGCAUGACUUUUU